GUUGAAUCAUUUAUUUUGGACCAAGAAGAUUUGGAUAACCCAGUCCUUAAAACAUCAGAGAUAUUCUUAUCAGGUCCAGCAGAAGGAGCAGACUUGCGCACAGUGGAUCCAGAGACCCAGGCGAGACUGGAAGCAUUGCUAGAAGCAGCGGGAAUUGGCAAAUUGUCAACUGCGGAUGGUAAAGCUUUUGCAGAUCCUGAAGUGCUCCGGAGACUGACAUCCUCAGUUAGCUGUGCACUGGACGAAGCUGCUGCUGCACUGACACGGAUGAGAGCAGAGAACACACACAAUACAGGACAAGUAGAUACUCGCAGUCUGGCAGAAGCUUGUUCAGAUGGAGAUGUGAAUGCUGUUCGUAAAUUGCUAGAUGAAGGCAGAAGUGUAAAUGAACAUACAGAAGAAGGAGAAAGCCUGCUGUGUUUGGCUUGCUCAGCAGGAUAUUAUGAACUAGCACAAGUACUGCUAGCUAUGCAUGCUAAUGUUGAAGAUCGAGGGAAUAAAGGAGAUAUAACUCCUCUGAUGGCAGCUUCCAGUGGAGGUUAUUUAGAUAUUGUGAAAUUAUUACUUCUUCAUGAUGCAGAUGUCAACUCCCAGUCAGCAACAGGAAACACUGCAUUAACUUAUGCUUGUGCUGGAGGAUUUAUUGACAUUGUAAAAGUACUUCUUAAUGAGGGUGCAAAUAUAGAAGACCAUAAUGAAAAUGGACAUACUCCCCUAAUGGAAGCAGCCAGUGCAGGUCAUGUGGAAGUUGCCAGAGUUCUUCUAGAACAUGGUGCAGGCAUCAACACUCAUUCUAAUGAGUUCAAAGAAAGUGCUCUGACGCUUGCCUGCUACAAAGGCCAUUUGGAUAUGGUUCGAUUUCUGCUUGAAGCUGGUGCAGAUCAAGAGCACAAAACUGAUGAGAUGCACACUGCCUUAAUGGAGGCUUGCAUGGAUGGCCAUGUAGAGGUAGCACGUUUGCUUUUGGACAGUGGUGCUCAAGUAAAUAUGCCUGCGGAUUCCUUUGAGUCUCCGUUGACUCUAGCCGCCUGUGGUGGACAUGUUGAAUUGGCAGCACUGCUUAUUGAAAGAGGAGCAAAUCUUGAAGAAGUUAAUGACGAAGGAUAUACACCCUUGAUGGAGGCUGCUCGAGAAGGGCAUGAGGAGAUGGUGGCACUGCUGUUGGCACAAGGUGCAAAUAUAAAUGCCCAGACAGAAGAAACCCAAGAGACUGCUCUUACGUUGGCUUGCUGUGGAGGCUUCUCUGAGGUUGCAGAUUUCCUGAUUAAGGCUGGGGCUGACAUAGAACUCGGCUGCUCCACACCUCUCAUGGAGGCGUCUCAGGAGGGACACCUGGAGUUGGUUAAAUAUUUGCUGGCUGCUGGUGCUAAUGUACAUGCUACCACAGCAACAGGAGACACAGCUCUAACCUAUGCUUGUGAAAAUGGACAUACAGAUGUUGCAGAUGUUUUACUUCAAGCAGGGGCCCAUUUAGAACAUGAAUCUGAAGGUGGAAGAACACCUUUGAUGAAAGCUGCAAGAGCUGGUCAUUUGUGCACUGUUCAGUUUCUUAUUAGCAAAGGUGCCAGUGUGAAUAGGGCCACAGCCAAUAAUGAUCACACGGCAGUGUCACUAGCCUGUGCAGGAGGCCACUUGGCAGUGGUUGAACUACUGCUGGCUCAUGGAGCUGACCCUACUCAUCGACUCAAGGAUGGAUCAACAAUGCUUAUUGAAGCUGCAAAAGGUGGCCAUACUAAUGUUGUUUCUUAUCUGUUGGAUUACCCAAAUAAUGUUCUAUCGGUUCCCACCACAGAUGUGUCUCAGCUUACCUCUCCUUCACAAGAUGAAUCUCAGGUUCCACGUGUACCCGUACACACACUUGCCAUGGUUGUGCCUCCCCAGGAACCCGACAGAACCUCCCAGGAAACAUCUCCUGCCCUUUUAGGAGUGCAGAAAG